GCCUCUAUAUAUUGACCCAAUUUCCUCCCUUUUACUGAACUCUAAAAUGGCGAACCAGCAACAACUCAAACUCACUCAGAUGAAGGAAUUUGUUCAAAUGCUCAGUUCUUCCGCAGAGAAGUAUGGAGAUCCAACACUAGAGAGGUUUUUGGUAGCAAGAUCAAUGGAUCCUAAUAAAGCAGCAAAGAUGUUUGUUUCAUGGCAAAAAUGGAGGACUUCUUUUGUUCCGUUAGGAUUCAUCCCUGAUUCUGAAGUUGUUCAACAAUUGGAAUCUAGAAAAAUAUUUCUUCAGGGUUCGUGCAACAGUGGACAUCCUCUUAUGAUUCUUAAUGCUAGCAAGCAUUAUCCUGCUAAAGAUCAUCAUCAGUUCAAGAAAUUUGUGGUCCAUCUCCUUGACAAAGGAAUUGCCAGUGGAAUCAAAGGCACAAAAAUCGGAAACGAGAAGAUAGUCGUGAUAAUUGAUCUGCAAAAACUAAGUUAUAAGAACGUUGAUGCUCGUGGAUUGAUCUCUGGAUUUCAAUUUUUACAGGCGUACUAUCCAGAACGGUUAGCAAGAUUGUACGUAUUAAAUAUGCCGUGGUUUUUCGUGAGUGUUUGGAAGAUGGUUUCUCGUUUUCUCGAGAAAGCAACAUUGAACAAGAUUGUGAUAGUAAACAAUGAAGAACAAAGAAAAGAAUUCGUGAUGGAAGUUGGGAAAGAGGCAUUGCCAGAAGAAUUUGGUGGUAACGCAAAGCUUGUUGCACUUCAGGAUGUCGAAGCACACCAACUCGAAUGUUGAUGGGUGUUUCCAACACUAUAACACAAUGGGAGCUGAUGUAUUUGCCUAAUUGUUAUUGAACUUGUUUGUUACAUUAACUGAAUAUGACGAAAUUGAAUUAGACAA